AUGCCCAACAGCAGCUCCAUCACCCAGUUCCUCCUCCUGGCAUUCGCAGACACUCGGGAGCUGCAGCUCCUGCACUUCUGGCUCUUCCUGGGCAUCUACCUGGCUGCCCUCCUGGGCAACAGCCUCAUCAUCACCACCAUAGCCUGGGAUCAGCACCUCCACACCCCCACGUACUUCUUCCUGCUCAACCUCGCCGUCCUCGACCAGGGCUCCAUCUCCACCACUGUCCCCAAAUCCAUGGCCAAUUCCUUCUGGGACACCAGGGCCAUCUCAUACUCAGGAUGUGCUGCACAGCUCUUUUCGUUUUCCUUUUUGAUAGUAGCAGAGUAUUCUAUGCUCACAGUCAUGUCCUAUGACCGCUACGUUGCCAUCUGCAAACCCCUGCACUACGGGACCCUCCUGGGCAGCAGAAUCUUCAGGGUCGUGCUGAGGAUCCCAUCUGAGCAGGGACGGCACAAAGUCUUUUCCACCUGCCUCCCUCACCUGGCCGUGGUCUCUCUUUUCAUCAUCACUACCAUGUUUGCCUACCUGAAGCCUUCCUCCAUCUCUUCCCCAUCCCUGGACCUGGUGGUGUCUGUUCUGUAUUCAGUGGUGCCUCCAGCAGUGAAUCCCUUCAUCUACAGCAUGAGGAACCAGAAGCUCAACGGGCAGGACGACAUGGGGGCUGUGUUCGGGAAUGGGCCCAGUGCCAAUUGA